AUGAGUUACAGUCAGAAAACGCUGCUGGUUCUGGCGCUGCUGGGGAUUUUAUCCGCUGUUAUGUCGCUCAUGUCGGGGAGUUUGAUUUUCCAGCUGCACUCUGGGGUUAAAGAAUCUGAAUCGCCGGUAUCAGAUGAAAUUUUUGUGGUGUUAAAGCCUAUCUCGGCUGUGCUGUCUGCUUUGUCCCUGACAAUGACCUCCAGCUCGACUGUAAUCUGUCUGCUGCAUGCCUACUUCUCCGCCGAGCUGUGGCGAGAUCACACGCAGAGAGUUGAAUGGUUCCUAUCAGACAGCAGGUCUAUACGGCAUGCUGCGAUUGGCUUGUUUUGCGGUGGAAUUUCUAUUUACCUGUGCGCGCUGUCCGUCUACGUGCUGUUGGCGUUCGAGAUAGAGACAGGAAUAACCAGCGCUUGUCUGCUCUUCUCUGGUGCUGUGGUGUUGGUAAUUAUAAUCGUAUACUCGCUUAUUCGGGCCAUGCGCACAACCAAACAUUUCAGCAACCAGCACGCAGACAUGAUGUACCAGAAUGAUUCCGAGAGCAACACUGGCAUCUGUACGGUGGCAUCAGAUCUCAACUGUAGAGAAAAGGCCAGGAAACAAGAGGGUGAAGGCUGCCAGUUCUGCUACACUCACUCUCCUAAUCCCAGACAGCAACACCUGCCCUCUGGUGUAUCACAUAAUUACUUCAGUAACAGAGAGGCCAAUGCUGAGAAAGGAUACAUGCACAGGACCCUGUCUGCUGAAUCUGGCCUCUACCAGGGACGUACGAAGCCCUGGAAUGGCAUUGACCGUGAGAUGAGAACUGUGAUGACUCACAAAACCAAAGACUCCACGUUAGUGUGA